UCCCAGAGCUGCGACCGUGAGGGGCGGUGGCCCAUCGGCGGGAGAUUCAAACCUGGAAAGAGGAACAUGGAGCGAAGAGGAGCGGGCCUGGGCCGGGCGGCCUAUGAACGUCUCACAGCUGAGGAGAUGGAUGAGCAGAGGCGGCAGAAUGUCGCCUAUCAGUACCUGUGCCGGCUGGAGGAAGCCAAGCGAUGGAUGGAGGCCUGUCUGAAAGAGGAGCUUCCUUCCCCAGUGGAGCUGGAGGAGAGCCUCCGCAAUGGAGUGCUGCUGGCCAAGCUGGGCCACUGUUUUGCACCCUCUGUGGUACCCUUGAAGAAGAUCUAUGAUGUGGAGCAGCUGCGGUACCAGGCAACUGGCUUGCAUUUCCGUCACACAGACAACAUCAACUUUUGGCUAUCUGCAAUAGCCCACAUCGGUCUACCUUCGACUUUCUUCCCAGAGACCACAGACAUCUAUGACAAGAAGAACAUGCCCCGGGUGAUUUACUGCAUCCAUGCUCUCAGUCUGUUCCUCUUCCGACUGGGAUUGGCCCCUCAGAUACAUGAUCUGUACGGGAAAGUGAAAUUCACAGCCGAAGAACUCAGCAAUAUGGCCUUUGAACUGGCCAAGUAUGGCCUCCAGCUGCCUGCCUUCAGCAAGAUUGGGGGCAUCUUAGCUAAUGAGCUGUCGGUGGAUGAGGCUGCAGUCCAUGCAGCUGUUCUUGCCAUCAAUGAGGCAGUGGAGCGAGGGGUGGUUGAGGAUACCCUGGCUGCCCUGCAGAAUCCCAGUGCUCUUCUGGGGAAUCUUCGGGAGCCUCUGGCAGCCAUCUACCAGGAACUGCUGGCCCUGGCCAAGAUGGAGAAGGCUGCCAAUGCCAGGAACCAUGAUGACAGAGAAGGCCAGGACAUCUAUGACUACUACCUCACCCAGGCUGAAAUCCAGGGCAACAUCAACCAUGUCAAUGUCCGUGGAGCUCUAGAAGUUGUUGAUGACGCCCUGGAAAGACAAAGUCCCGAGGCCUUGCUUGAGGCCCUUCAAGAUCCUGCCCUGGCCCUGCGAGGGGUGAAGAGAGACUUUGUUGACUGGUACCUGGAACAGCUGAGCUUAGACAGAGAACACAAAGCACAGGAGCUGGGCCUGGUGGAGCUUCUAGAAAAGGAGGAGGUCCAGGCUGGUGUGGCUGCAGCCAACAUGAAGGGUGAACAGGAGCAAGCCAUGCUUCAGGCUGUGCUGCGGAUCAACAGAGCCAUCCAGAGAGGGGAGGCUGCUAACACUGUGAAGGAGCUGAUGUGCCCUGAAGCCCAGCUGCCCACAGUGUACCCCUUUGCCGCCACCGUGUACCAGCAGGAGCUGGCGGUGCUCCAGCAGCAGCAGCAAGGGGAGCUGGGCCAGGAGGAGCUCUUUGUAGCUGUGGAGAUGCUCUCAGCCGUGGUCCUGAUUAACCGUGCCCUGGAGGCCAGGGAUGUCCGUGGCUUCUGGAGUAGUCUGGUGAACCCUGCCACAGGCCUGGCCCAGGUGGAAAGAGAAAAUGCUCAGCGUUACUUUAAUGCCCUGGUGAAGCUGCAACAGGUACAUGGAAAGGAUGGGGACUUCUUGAGCUGGAAUGACCUGCAGUCCACUGUGAACCAAAUCAAUGCCCAGGUCCAGGAAGAGACUGAUCAGGUUCUUGCAGUCAGUCUUAUCAAUGAAGCUCUGGACCAGGACAGCCCUGAAAAGACAUUAUCUGCUCUACUGCUUCCUGCAGCUGGCCUGGAAGGUGUCAGCCUUCCUAUUGCUCCUCGGUACCAUCUCCUCCUUGUGGCAGCCAAAAGGCAGAAGGCCCAGGUGACAGGGGAUCCUGGAGCUGUGCUGUGGCUGGAGGAGAUCCGCCAGGAAGUGGUCAGAGCCAACCAGGACACAAACACUGUUCAGAAAAUGGCCCUUGGUGUAGCUGCCAUCAAUCAGGCCAUCAAGGAGGGCAAGGCAGCCCAGACAGAGCGGGUGCUGAGGAACCCCACUGUGGCCCUCCGAGGGGUAGUUCCUGACUGUGCUAACGGCUACCAGCGGGCCCUAGAAGAUGCUGUGGCAAAGAAGUGGCGUCCAGGGGACACAGCUUUGUGGGUUCAACAUGAUAUGAAGGAUGGCACUGCCUACUACUUCCACUUACACACCUUCCAGGGGACCUGGGAGCAACCCCCCGGCUUCUGCCUUAACACCUCCCACCUGACUCGGGAGGAAAUCCAGUCGGCUAUCACAAAAGUCACUGCUGCCCAUGACCGCCGACAGCUCUGGAAGGCCAAUGUUGGCUUUGUCAUCCAGCUUCAGGCCCGCCUCCGUGGCUUCCUGGUUCGGCAGAAGUUUGCUGAGCAUUCCCACUUCCUGAGCACCUGGCUCCCAGCCAUCAUCAAGAUCCAGGCUAAUUGGCGGGGCUACCGACAGCGGAAGAUUUACCUGGAGCGCUUGCAGUAUUUUAAAGCAAACGUGGAUGCCGUAAUCAAGAUCCAGGCCUGGGCCCGGAUGUGGGCAGCUCGGAGACAAUACCUCUGGCGUUUGCGCUACUUCCAGAAGAAUAUUGACUCAGUUGUAAAGAUCCAGGCAUUUUUCCGAGCCAGGAAAGCCCAGGAUGACUACAGGAUGUUAGUGCAUUCUCCUCACCCUCCCCUCAGUGUGGUGCGCAGAUUUGCCCACCUCUUGAACCAGAGCCAGGAGGACUUCUCAGCUGAGGCAGAGCUGCUAAAGCUCCAGGAAGAGGUGGUCAGGAAGAUUCGGUCCAAUCAGCAGCUUGAGCAGGACCUCAACCUUAUGGACAUUAAGAUAGGCUUGCUGGUAAAGAACCGGAUCACCUUGCAGGAGGUCGUCUCCCACUGCAAGAAGCUGACCAAGAAGAAUAAGGAGCAGCUGUCAGAUAUGAUGAUUCUAGACAAGCAGAAGGGAUUAAAGUCUCUGAGCAAGGAGAAACGGCAGAAGCUAGAAGCUUACCAACAUCUCUUAUACCUGCUCCAGACUCAACCAAUCUACUUGGCCAAGCUGAUCUUUCAGAUGCCACAGAACAGAACCACUAAGUUCAUGGAGGCAGUGAUUUUCAGUCUGUACAACUAUGCCUCCAACCGUCGAGAGGCCUACCUCCUGCUCCAACUAUUCAAGACAGCACUCCAGGAGGAAAUUGAGUCAAAGGUGGAGCAGCCCCAGGAUGUGGUGACAGGCAACCCAACAGUGGUGAGGCUGGUGGUGAGAUUCUACCGAAAUGAAAGGGGACAAAGUGCCCUGCGGGAGAUCCUGGGCAAGGUUAUCCAGGACGUGCUGGAGGACAAGGUACUUAGUGUCCACACAGACCCUGUCCAUCUCUACAAGAGCUGGAUCAAUCAGACUGAGGCCCAGACAGGGCAGCGCAGCCAUCUCCCCUACGAUGUCACCCCUGAGCAGGCCUUGAGCCACCCCGAGGUCCAGAGAAGACUAGAUAUCUCCCUGCGCAACCUCCUUGCCAUAACCGAUAAAUUCCUUGUCGCCAUCAUUUCAUCUGUGGACCAAAUUCCGUAUGGGAUGCGAUAUGUGGCCAAAGUCCUGAAGACAACCCUGGCAAAGAAGUUCCCCAAUGCCACAGAGAGUGAGAUCUAUAAGGUGGUGGGGAACCUCCUGUACUACCGCUUCCUGAACCCAGCCGUGGUAGCUCCCGAUGCCUUUGACAUUGUGGCUAUGGCAGCAGGCGGUGCCCUGGCUGCCCCCCAGCGCCAUGCCCUGGGGGCUGUGGCUCAGCUCCUGCAACAUGCUGCAGCUGGCAAGGCCUUCUCUGGGGAAAGCCAGCACCUGCGGGUCCUGAAUGACUAUCUGGAGGAAACACACCUCAAGUUCAGGAAGUUUAUCUGCAGAGCCUGCCAGGUGCCAGAGCCAGAGGAGCGUUUCACGAUGGAUGAAUACUCAGACAUGGUGGCCGUGGCCAAACCCAUGGUGUACAUCACCGUGGGGGAGCUGGUCAGCACGCACAGGCUGUUGCUGGAGCACGAGGACUGGAUCACUCCCGACCAUCGGGAUCCCCUGCACCAGAUACUGGAGGACCUUGGAGAGCUGCCCAGUAUCCCUGACCUCAUUGGAGAGAACUUGGCUGCAGAUGGGCACGUGGAUCUGAGCAAGCUUGAAGUGUCCCUGACACUCACCAACAAGUUCGAAGGGCUAGAGGCAGAUGCUGAUGACACCAAUGCCCAGAGCCUACUUCUGAGCACCAAGCAGAUGCUGGCUGAUAUCAUUCAGUUCCACCCUGGGGACUCCCUUGAGGAGAUUCUGUCCCUCUCUGCUUCUAAACAACAGGAAGCCGCCCACAAGCGAAUGAUGUGCCGACGCCAGGCCUGUGAGGCCCAGACCCCAGAGCUGCUACGACGGCACCGCUCCCUGAUGGCCCACUCCCUCCUGCCUCUGGCAGAGAAGCAACGUCGUGUCCUGCGGAAUCUUCGUCGACUCGAGGGCCUGGGGUUGGUCAGUGCCAGCGACGGCUACCAGGGGCUGGUGGAUGAGCUGGCCAAGGACAUCCGAAACCAGCGCAGGCACCGUCAGCGGCGGAAGGCAGAGCUGGUGAAGCUGCAGGCCACAUUCCAGGGCCUGAGUGCUAAGACCACAUUCUAUGAGGAACAGGGAGACUACUACAGCCAGUACAUCCGGGCCUGCCUGGACCACCUGGGCCCCAGAUCCAAGAGUUCGGGGAAGGGGAAGAAGCAGCCAUGUCUUCAUUACACUGCGGCCCAGCUCCUGGAGAAGGGUGUCUUGGUGGAAAUUGAAGAUCUCCCCACCUCUCACUUUAGAAACGUCAUCUUUGACAUUAUCCCUGGAAAUGAAGCAGGAAAAUUUGAAGUAAAUGCCAAGUUCCUAGGUGUGGACAUGGAGCGGUUUCAGCUUCACUAUCAGGACCUCCUGCAGCUGCAGUAUGAGGGUGUGGCUGUCAUGAAGCUCUUCAACAAGGCCAAAGUUAACGUCAACCUCCUCAUCUUCCUCCUCAACAAGAAGUUUCUGCAGAAGUGAUGAAGACAGUGGGUUCCCAGGCCCCUCUUACCUCGAUGGGUGCUCUUCUUUAACACUGACUCACCACUCUGCUUCCAUACAGACACCCCGCGCUCAGGCCCUGGCAAGGCUCAUGGAUUCUCACCCCUUCCUGGCUUGAAGGAGUUUGCCUACCUGGCCCCAGACAGCAUUGCUUCUGACUGGCUCAAGUAGGCCUUACUCCCUAGUCCAGCUGUGUGUCUUUCACCACACAUGACAGACCCCAUGGUUUUCCAGCCAGACAGUGGGUAUGAACCUAAGCCUGCACCUGUGCCUGGGAAAGCUAUUGCUUUCGUGUCUGCUGCUGCCCUCCCGUGGUCACC